AUGAACAACUGCAACACUAGAGAUUUUCAACCCUGUCAUUCACCAGCCAGUCGAGAAAUCUUUCCAAGCUUUGAGUCUCAGUGCCCUGGUGGCAACUUUGCCCUCGUAAACUGCCAUCAGAAAUCCAAAAAGAAGAGAACGAAGUUGAUCCGAAUCAACAACCUGGUUGGGGUCAGUUCGAGUGGUGUUACCAAGCCCAAGAAUGGAAAGAAGCCAGACCCCAGUGCUCCAAAGAUUACUAGGCCCUGUAGUGAGUGUGGCAAGAAGUUUUGGUCAUGGAAGGCUCUUUUUGGGCACAUGCGAUGCCACCCGGAGCGCCAGUGGCGUGGCAUUAACCCUCCCCCAAAUGUCAGGCGACCCAUGUUGUAUGAAAAUAAUGAAAAUGAUCUCCACGCCCUAUUGUCCGAGGAGGAUCACGAGGUUGCUAAGUGUUUGUUAAUGUUGGCUAAUGGGUCUAGUGCUUCGGAGACGCCCACUGUUUCUAAUAUGGAGAAGGAGACUGCCACUACUACUUCUACUAGUACCGCCAAUCAAGGCCAAUCGUUAUGUGGUACUAUUGCUAGGGAUGCAGUGAUUGGUGGUGGGGACGUAGAUGGUGCUGAUCCUUCGUAUGUGAACUGUCGAUUUGAGUGCUCGAGUUGCAAGAAAGUGUUUGGGUCUCAUCAGGCUUUGGGGGGUCAUAGGGCUAGUCACAAAAAUGUAAAGGGUUGUUUUGCAAUUGCUCGGAAUGAUGGGGAGGAUGAGGAUCAUGUUGGUGGACAUGAUGAUGAUAGAAAUGAAGGGGAGGUAAAGGACAAUGGGGACAAUAAGAUGCUGAUGGUUUUGGGGCACAAGUGUAGCAUAUGUUUAAGGGUUUUCUCGAGUAGCCAAGGCCUAGGUGGACACAAGAGGCGCCACUGUGAGAACGUAGAUGAACCAUGGGGGCUAUCGCAAGGGCUCCACCCUUUUGCAGCAAAGAAGGGUUGUGGUUUGGACUUGAAUCUGCCUGCCCCAGGUGAGGAUGAUUCAUCAUUGUCAAAUUAUUCUUCAGGACUCACUUUGGAUUUAAGCCAAUGUCGGCAAGUUGCAACAGGGGUGGUAAUGAGGUAUUCUGAUGGGACACGGUACAAGAUUUCCAAGACCGUUCAGGAAGACUUAAUGUUCAGUUCAGACAUCAAUCCUGUAACAAAGCUGCACAUCGGGUUGCUGCUGAAGCUUUCAAAAGCUCUCUUUUGUGAACUUGGGCUGUAUACCUGCCAGCUGCGUUGCAGAGGAUUCUUCUGUUAG